AUGAAAGCAGUUGCCACCUCGCUGGAUGGCAGGUUCCUAAAGUUUGAUAUUGAACUCGGCCGGGGAUCCUUCAAAACGGUCUACAAGGGGCUGGACACCGAGACAUGGGUGGAAGUUGCGUGGUGUGAACUUCAGGACAGAAAGCUCACAAAAGUAGAGAGGCAGAGAUUUAAAGAGGAAGCAGAAAUGUUGAAAGGUCUACAGCAUCCAAACAUUGUGAGAUUUUAUGACUUCUGGGAAUCCUGUGUAAAAGGCAAAAGAUGCAUUGUGCUGGUUACCGAAUUGAUGACCUCUGGAACGCUAAAGACGUAUCUGAAGAGAUUUAAAGUGAUGAAACCAAAAGUCCUGCGUAGUUGGUGCCGGCAAAUCCUGAAGGGUCUUCUUUUCUUGCACACAAGAACUCCACCCAUAAUUCACAGAGACUUAAAAUGUGACAAUAUUUUUAUUACUGGACCAACUGGAUCUGUGAAAAUAGGAGACUUGGGUCUGGCAACCCUCAAGAGAGCUUCGUUUGCCAAAAGUGUAAUAGGUACACCAGAAUUUAUGGCCCCGGAAAUGUAUGAGGAACACUACGAUGAAUCUGUGGAUGUCUAUGCUUUUGGAAUGUGCAUGUUGGAAAUGGCUACCUCAGAAUACCCUUACUCAGAAUGCCAGAAUGCUGCUCAAAUUUACCGGAAAGUAACCUGUGGUAUAAAGCCAGCAAGCUUUGAGAAAGUUACUGAUCCUGAAAUUAAGGAGAUAAUUGGAGAGUGCAUUUGCAAAAAUAAAGAAGAAAGAUAUGAAAUUAAAGACUUAUUAAGCCAUGCCUUUUUUGCUGAAGAUACUGGGGUAAGAGUGGAACUGGCAGAAGAAGACCAUGGUAGGAAAUCCUCUAUUGCCUUAAGACUCUGGGUAGAAGAUCCUAAGAAACUGAAAGGAAAACCCAAAGAUAAUGGAGCCAUUGAGUUUACUUUUGAUCUGGAGAAGGAAACUCCUGAUGAUGUUGCACAAGAAAUGAUUGACUCUGGAUUUUUUCACGAAAAUGAUCUCAAGAUAGUUGCGAAGUCAAUACGUGACAGAGUAGCAUUAAUACUAUGGAGAAGAGAGAGAAUUUGGCCUAGGAUACAGUCAGAGGAACGUCGGGACUCUGAGUGUCUGGAGAAGUUGAAGACUCCGCAUGCACAGCAGGUCCAGGUCACCUACCUUUCCCACACUGGUCACCAUGUCCUGUCGGAGUCAGAGGAGCCCGAGGCAGACCAGCAUCCCUUUCAACAAAACCUGCCCACCAGCGUCACAUCUGUUGCGUCCGACAGCACAUUUGACAGCGGCCAGGGGUCCACUGUUUAUUCAGACUCCCAAAGCAGCCAGCAAAGUGUCAUCUACUCGUCCCUGCCUGAUCCCGUACCUCCCGCUAUCCAGCGGGUGUAUAGCCCACCUCUGAGCGAAAGCCAGGCUGUGCCCCAUGGCCUUCAGCAGCUGGGGCACUACCAGCAGCCCUCAGGAGAGCCGGCGAUGCCGUUCCCCGUCGUCCAGCCCACUACCGUUGCUUCCCUGCAGCUGGGGCAGCCACAGCCGGUGCUGGCUGGCCAGCAGCAACCCAUAUCCCAGCAAGCCUCUCUGCAGCAGGUGCUUGCCAGCCAGCCAGUCUGCCCAAUCCAGCCUGCGGCCCAUUUAUUGCCCCAGUACCAGCCCCAGACCUCUCAGGUGGCCGCCAGCAGUACACCCCUAAAGCCCCUUCAGAUAUCAACAGUGCCGCAGCUGCCGCCAGUGGCCCCUUCACAGAUUCCUCAGUUUCCUGUCAUUCCUGCAAUUACUCCUCUGGCAGGACUUGACAGCCUUCCUCCAAACCUCUCUGAUAUACCUGCUGCAAACGUGCCCCCCAUCCCUGCUCCUUCACAGUAUUUCGCUCCAGCCGUGAUUUUGCCCAGCCUCCCCAUGAACCCCGCUCUGCCUAUGGCGCCCAACUCCCCUGCCCUCCCCAUGCAGGCAGUCAAUCUUCCUCACACCACCGUGGCUUCUUUGGUCUUGCCCUGCCAAACAAUAGUGCCAAAUAUGUCAGCUGCUACGAUCCCCUUGCUUGCUGUGGCUCCGCCGGGAGUGCCAGCGCUGCCGCCGCACCCCGGGGUGCCCCCGCUGCCCCAGCAGCAGAUGUACCAGACCACCUUCCAGCAGCUCCUUCAGAGCGAAGCGCCCUCUCCCCAUCACACGCAGGGCACGCAAGCAGUGUCCCAGCCGACGCAACCUCCACCUCCUCAGUCGCUUCAGCCAAGCGUCAUUCAUCCGGCAGAACAGGCUCUGUCUGCGCCUGGGGCUGGUCACCAGCAGAUGACUGGACACACUCAGUACGCUUUGGAAACUGGAGCCCAGGUGCUGCCCGUGCAACCUUCGAUAGUCAUGUCACCGCCUUUGCAGUUGCAGCCCGAGCUGUUGCCUCCCCGCGGCGCUCCAGAAGGCGUUUCCCAGGUUCAUGGCAGCCUUGCCACGGCUAGUCCGCCUGUCCCCAUAGAUCACUGUCUGCCUCUUCAGCCUUCUGCUCUGCUGCAGCUUCAGCCCGAUCUUUCCCAGCCGCUGGGUCAGCAGCUCCCAGCUCCCUGCUCAGCUCUCCAGGCAGGCACGGAGACAUCUCAAGAGGAGCAGGCAAUACAGGACAAACUUCAAACUCUGUCACAGAGCUGUGAAAGCUACAUGAGUCCAGAUGUUGCUUCGGGUAAGGAGAUGAGUGACAGCUUUGAAGGAGCAAUAGGAAGUGGAAAACAAGAAGGAAAGUCUGCGAAGAAACAUAAGAAAUCUACCCGCGCCCGUUCACGCCAGGAGAAGUCCAGCAGACCAAAACUGACCAUAUUAAAUGUUUGUAACACGGGGGAUAAGAUGGUGGAGUGCCAGCUUGAAACACACAACCACAAAAUGGUGACUUUUAAGUUUGAUUUGGAUGGGGAUGCGCCAGAGGAAAUUGCUACUUACAUGGUGGAGAAUGAAUUCAUACUGCAGAGUGAAAAAGAGACAUUUAUCGAACAAAUGAAAGAUAUUAUCGAUAAAGCAGAAGAUAUGCUCAGUGAAGAUACAGAGGGAGAACGAAGUUCUGAUCAGGGAAUGAGUCCCCAGCAAGAUACUGAUAGACUGGAAAUGAAUGAGGAGAAGCGGCAGUCUCAGAUGAAGACACCCGUGUAUCAACAAAAUGUUUUGCAUACUGGAAAAAGGUGGUUUAUUAUAUGUCCUGUUGUGGAAAACCCAACUACUGAUGCACCAGAGUUUUCUCCACCAGUACCUCAGAGUACGCAGCAGUCUGAAGCGCCAGACCUGGAGCAGUCGGACGAUCAGCAGCCGGGCUCUGGGGUGACGGAUCCACCUGGUCUCUUAGCUGGCCAGCAGCCUCCCCUACAAGCAGGGGUGUGUGACAGCCCCAUCGCAGCCUCCCCCUCUUUGGCACAAGUGUCUGCCGCCGCAUCUUCCACUGCCUUACCGAGCCAGGCCGAGUUUCCAGCUCCGGCGCCCCUGGCAUCUGCUCAAAAUGUCCUGGAGCCGGCGGCUGCUAACGGGGGUCCGUAUUCCCCGCGGGAGGCAGCCAUGCCUGCUCCUGCCCCCCGUGCUGCUGUGCUGGAGGAGCCUUCUGACGCUGCCCCGGCUGCCCCACACCUCCAGCCCCAGGCCCAGGCUGCGCUGCCCCAGGCACAGCCCGCUGCCGGCGUGGGGAUGGGCCUGCUGCAGCAGCAGCCCGGCACCACCGAGUCCGAUGGGGAGGGACCCCCCCGGGUGGACUUCGUCGACAACACGAUAAAAAGCCUUGAUGAGAAACUGCGCAAUUUGCUUUACCAGGAGUACGUUCCUACUUCUUCUGCAUCAGCAGGGACGCCGGACACCUCCGUCCCCUUAGAGCAGGGCGACAGCGAAUUUAACUUGCCGCCUUUUCCCGAAGAUCAAGUUCCCAUGCUGGCGUUGGAUUUGAGAGAGCCUGGCCAUAAUGCUGUAGAUACCGGCCCAGAGGGGAAAGCUGCUGCCGAGGCCCUGUUGGUGCCACCGGUACCAUCUGAGAUCUGCCCCUACCCAACGCGGCUUGAAAAGUUGGAGAUCACUGGCAUCGGUGCUCAUUCCUCAGAAGCAAGAGGUGGGUCAGCAAGCAGAAAAGGUUCGGCUGCAAGCAUCACUUCAGCUCCUGCUGCUGCAGCAAAAGGCCUCCUUCAGGUUGCACCUACAUCAUCAGGCGUAACUAAACAGAUGGAAAUGUCUAAAAGGAGCGAGAAGGCAAAGACUAUGACUUCGUCUGCACACACAGAUAACGUAACGCAGAUAUCUACAGCAGAUGGGGUGAUAAAUAACCUUCAAAGGGAUGACUCUCUAGACUCUGGUUCCUAUGGAAAACAGGCUGAAACUCAUGAUAGCGGUACACCAGCCAAAACUAUUGGCAGGUUUUCAGUAAUCAGCACGCAGGAUGAAUUAACUUUAACAGCACCACACUGCUUAAGGUUCUCAGCACCCCCAGACGUCUAUUUGGAUGAGCUACCUUCCAGCCCUGACCUGAAGACAGCUGUCCGACGGGUGCAGACAGCCUCUUCUGUCGAUGUCCUCUGCGACCAGGGUUCGAGUGAUUCUGCCGAUGAGCCUUUCCAUCGGCAGCCGGCUGCCGCUGCCCAGCUCUCCCCCCCGAGCAGUAGUGCGGCCACUGACUUAAUUAAAAAAGCAGCUGCUUUUCUGCAAAGAUCUGGCAAAGCUAGCUCACCAGGCCUCGAUUCACCCAACGGGCAAGGAACAAAAAUUCCUACCAUCAACAUAACGUCUUUCCACUCGCAGUCGUCGUACAUGAGCAGCGACAACGACUCGGAAUUUGAAGAUGCAGAUAUGAAGAAGGAAUUGCAGAACCUGAGAGAGAAGCAUAUGAAAGAAAUUGCUGAACUUCAGACUCAGCAGAAGAAUGAGAUAGAGGCACUGUAUAUUCGGUUAGGGAAGCCUCUUCCUCCCAACCUGGGGUUCCUUCACUCAGCCCCACCAAGCAGCCGUCGCCGAAGAACCAGCAAAAAUAAAUUGAAAGGUGGAAAACUAUUAAACCCUCUGGUCCAGCAGCUCAGGAGUGGAACAUUAGGCACAAGUAAUCUUUCAGAUUCUAAAGACUCACCCCACAAAGAAGCAACUAAACCUCAGCCUGGAUCUCCCGAAGCAGCAGCAACCUCCCCUGCCUCAGCCACCUUCGGAAAGGCUGUUCAGACGCAGCAGCCGUGCUCUGUCAAAGCCUCUUUGUCUUCUGACAUCUGCUCCGGCUUAGGCCCUGAAGGAGGAGAUGCGAACGCAAGCUCUGGCCAAGGCUGGACGGUUUUCCACCAAACGUCUGAGAGAGUGACCUAUAAAUCUAGUAGCAAACCUCGUACCAGAUUCCUCAGUGGACCUGUGUCUUUGUCCAUCUGGUCCACCUUGAAACGACUAUGUCUAGGCAAAGAUCACAGUAGUAGAUCCUCGACAAACAGUCUUGUAACGUGUCCUGAGCCCCUCCCACAAUCAACCCUGCAGGUUCAGGCCAACAACAGUAACAACAAGAAAGGAACGUUCACAGACGAUCUUCACAAGCUGGUUGACCAGUGGACAAGCAAAACUGUUGGAGCUGCACAGACAAAACCUUCGUUAAACCAACUGAAGCAGAACCAAAAAAGGCAAGACAUGGAGCCAAAGGCUAAUCCCAUGCAAACGCAGAAUGAGACAUGUGGAGUUAAUUCAGUAAGAACAGGAUUGGGGAAAAAGUGUGUUCUUCCAGCGUCUUGCCCCAUGCCCGCUGCGUUAACUCCUGGAGCUCCACCAUCCCUGCCAGUGCCUAUGCCAGGUUGUAAUUAAGUUUGCACUCUAGGUGGCAUGGGCACCUCUCUCCUGUUCGAAAGUUGCUUUUUGUCCAUUUUACUGUGCGUAGAGUCUCCGCCUGCACCACCUCUCGGUCUAAAGGCACAAGACAACCACUAA